AUGAAAAAAUACCUAACCUCAUCCCUCAUCGCCGCGUCCGCGCUCGCGCUCGCGCAGAAGAUUCCAGACCCCCUCAUAUGCGAAGACACGCUCGACGGCUCGCCCGCGUUCCAAGCGGAUUCGAUACCGUGCCUGCUGCGGUGCCAGGACCCGCUGGCGGCGGCGACGGGCAGUCUGCUGCCGGGCUCGGUCAACGAGACGGCUAUCCCGUACUGCCAGCUCGACUGCGUGCACCGCGCGGCGUCGCCGGCGCAGUCGACGCGCGCGCCGGAUUGCUAUCGCCGGUGUCGGGUGCGCAACCAGGGGUCGCCGGAGAAUGCUGGGUGGUGCAUGUAUUGGUGCGUGGACGGGUUCGGGGACGUGGUUGAGGCGACGGCUUGUGUGCCGUCGUUGGAGUUUGGGGCUGUGAGUACUGUUGUGGAGGAUGGGCGGACGGUGACUUUUAGACUAGCUGUAAGCCAGGGGUUGGAAUGGCGGAGCUGGUACGAGACGCAGACCGUGAUGCCGAUUACGUCUAGUUCUAGCUUUACGUACUCGGCUCCGUAUAGGGCGAGUCCGGCGGGUUCACCGCAGAGUACGAGUACGAGUAGUCAGGGUGGGCAGGUGACUCAGACGUCGACGUCGGCAUCGAGUACAGAGUCUGCUCAGAGCACGGGGACGGGGACGGAGACGAGUGGUGAAGCUGUUGCGUCGCCAACUACUACGGCCGCGGCGGGACGUCUUUCGCAGGUAGGUUUGCUGGGAGUCUUAGGUGCUGUUGGGUUUUGGAUUGUGAUGGUAGUGUAA